AUGAGUAUUAUUAGUGACGCGGAGAAGCAGCAAUAUUUUCAAGUAUUUUCUUCCCUCGGACCCAUAAAUGGCUACCUUUCUGAUGGACAACUUGACUUUGAUGAAUUUUCAGUCACAUAUAGAUUAGUCAAUGAUCUAUUGGCUCAAAUAUAUCCGGAUGUCCCUCUAUCAUUACCUCCUCAUUUAAUUCCACCAAGUAAGGCUCAUCUCUUUGGGGGAGGUGGCACCGGAUUCCACGGAGGCUCAACAUUAGGCAUUAGUCCCAGGAUGAUUCCUCAAACAAUUAGUUCCAUCCCACAAUCAAUUAGUCCAAUUCCAUUAUCGAUCAAUCAAAUUCCUCAGUCAAAUAGUCCUUUACUUUCUAAUAUGAUGCCUUCAUAUUCACAAUCACAACAAUUGCCGCAGGUACCUCCUCCGCCUCCCUCGCUGUAUCAUCAGUCUUCAAGUAGUAGUUAUGGUGGCUUUCCGACAGCACCGUUAUCAGAUGAUUUUGACUGGUAUAUGCCUCCUGCAGAUAAGUUCAAUUAUGAAAAUGAAUAUACUAAACAUGUUGGGGCCCAUGGCUAUGUUCGAUUUGCGAAUUUCGAUGAACUUUAUCAACGACUUGGAAUACCGAGAGAAGAGUGUAUAGCGGCAUGGAAUCAAGUCGAUGUUAACUUUGAGCAACAACUUGGAAAAGAUCAGUGUCUCGUUUACCUUCACAUAUUAAAUCAGCGAAGUAAGGGGAAGCGUAUACCUGAUAGUUUACCUAGCGCGUUAAAAACAUCAUUAGUAAGAGGAAAAUUGAAUUAUAAUUAUAAUGAGACUCUUGAUCCUUCAUGGAAGUCAAAGACAUCAGAAGGUACUAGCAUUUCAACUAGGUCAAGUUAUGGACAAUCUCAUUCUGGUGGCAAAUGGGAAGAAGAACAACUGGAGAAGGAAUUAGCUAAACUAAAUGAAAAUUUAAAGAAAGCGGAAGAUGCUGCAUUAAAUUCGUAUACAAGUGCUUUACAAAUAUCAUCUGGUGGAGGUCAAACAUCGGAAUUUAAACAACUUUAUGAAUAUAAGCAAAAGCAGCUUGCAGAAUUAAAUGAAAAAGAACAUUUAAAUAGAACUUUAGAAGAAUAUAUUCGAAAGGAACGCCUUUCCGUACGUGAAUUACAAGAUAACAUUCAAUCUUUGAAACUUCAUGUAAAAACUUUGGAAAAUACUUUGGAAACUAAUCAAUCAGAAUAUAGAAGGCUUCAGCAAGAUGUAAAUCUUGGACGAUGA